AUGAGCAACAUUGUUCCCGACAUGGCCGAUCCCGAAGUAUUUCCCUACUGUAUUUGGCACCCGGACAAGGCAACAGAGGAAACGUACCGCGAGUUGGCUCGCGGGUACCCGGCCAUGCGCUAUCACUUCGGGUGGGCAUGCGCAGUGGCAGGUUAUACAGACUUGUAUCGCCAGCUGGACUUCCUACCAUAUGUCUCUCUAGCCGAGGAGGCGAGAGACAACUUCAAGACUAGCGGUGCUAUCUUCAACUAUAUUGUCACGCGUCCCGUCAGGUACGCCGUCAUGGAUGAUUGCACAGGGACGGUGAACUUGGAACAUCCAUGGGCUGGUGUCUCCCUUAACGGAGAUAGCCAGCUACGUUCUGUGCUUGUCCUUCGACAAGCACUUGCUGAUGUCGUCACGGGUUACCUGCGGAUAGACUGCAGCUUUGACAUCAUGGAGGACGGCUUUCUCGGCGAGGAAGACGUCGGCAGGCUGCCUCAGCCCCUGGCCUCGGUCGAGGAUCUUCUCAUCUUCAUGGCAGCCUACGAAGGCAAUGUGGAUCGCGACGCCCGGCUCCGGCGGCCGCCCUUGAUGCAUAUAGAGUACUUCUGCAUCAUCCGCGGCAUUUGCCACAACACCAUGUUCGCUAAGUGGUGGUUAGACGAGCUGGAGAGCAGGCAGGCAGCUUUGAGCCCCGGUUCCGACUGUUUGGGAAUCAAGAUUGCCAUCGUUGCACGCCUUAUCAUGUGCAACGACUUGUCCCUGGCCACAACGGCCGAGGAGAGUGACCUGUCAUACAUUAUCUGGUAUCCCCUGCGGCCGCGCGCGACCACGCUUGCCGAGCUCGCCCGCCGCAGACCCUGCGCGCUGAGGGCGGUGGCCCAUAUCUGCGUCGCCGCCGACUGCCAGGAGCUGUAUAACCGUCUCCAGGUCACGCCGCAUCCGGUUCUGUACAAGGAGGCCAAGCAUCGCGAACGAAUACUAUCGCACGGAUCUCGAGCAACGUGCCGGGACGAAAUUGACCUAAAACGACGGAUCGAAGGUGGCCUGGAGCUUAAACAGCAACACACGCUGCAGUGGGACAAGGGGCCGACUAGCACGCGGUUCGGGACAUUGUGGACUUCUUUCCACCCGUAAACUCGGAGGCGUUUACGAUGGGUUC